AUGACAGCGACAGCAACGAGGUGGUUGUUGACCACAGUGCUGUUCACGCUCACGUCUUGGCCAUGCAUCGCUCAACUUGGUAAACGCGACUCGCACUCGCUCGUGAUCCCUCUCGCGUACGAACCAACAUCGUCGCUCAUGACUGCUUCCAUCACAAUCGGCUCGACGCACAACACGUACAACCUGAUCGUCGAUACCGGCUCGCCGUUUUUGGUACUGCAGAACUCGUCGUUUCGCGCCACCUCGUCCACUUGGGAUCCGCACUCGGCCGACCAACCGGAUCUGGACGGCGCGCAGGGGUAUAUCACCACAACUCCCAAUGCCAACGAUAAAAAGGGCCCCGUCAAACCCAAGAUUCACUUUGUCACCGAUGUAGCCUGGCUAAACGAGGCGAGUGGGCAGAGGGCGGGCGCGGGCGCCAAGCAGGGCAAUGUCACGUUGGGACUCACGACACUGGAUGAUCUCAAGGGUGCACAGGGGAUUCUAGGGCUCAGUCCGCCGUUCAGUAUGGUAAAGAGCGCUGGUCCGUCGGCGCCCCCACAGCAGCAGCAGAAGGGUGCAGAGCGACAGGCCAAGGCCAAGGAUAAACGCGAUAACGCGCCGAAAGCGCCUCCUGCGUCCUCGGCGAGUAGUGGUCAAUCAGGCAGUCUUCCAUCGCUCGACGUGUCGUUUCUGCACUCGUACCUGAGCGUCCAACAGCGUAAACUGUUGGGACUGACAGGAUCGAGCCAUUUCUACCUGGACUUUUCGCCUGCUUCGACAGAGUCACCUACGCCGAUUGGAGAACUCGUCUUGCCACUCAGCGGUACCACGCUCCCCACCAGCGUCUCGGGCUACGACUACAAUGCCAGUGUCACCAUCGACCCGUCUUCUGGCUCCACAUAUCCUAGUCAUCCCUUUUGGGGUAUCGCGCACCGUUCCGACGUUUCGUUCUUCCUCAAUGGUACGGUUCUACCCGACGUCAAGAUCGACGCUCUCCUCCUCGACAGCGGUACGUCGGGUAUCAUCGCCCCGCCUUCCGAGGUUCGCAAGAUAUUUGCUGCUACACAGGGAUCCGUCACGAGUAGUUCACCGCCGAAUUCUCAGGCGGUGCUUGGCAAGACGAGCUGUACUUCCGAGCUCAACAUGGGGUUUUCGUUUGGUUCGCGUGGAUCCAAGCUCAAGUUCGAGGCGGUGAGGAGGAGUGUUGGGUCGAAUGGAAAGUUUGUGCAUGCACAACACGACGGUGAGGUAUCGCAGGAUGAUGAUUGGAUGAAACGCGGCUUGAACGACAGUCUGACGGCAUGGAAGAGCUACGUGGACGUCGGUAUUGGUGGUCUCGACAGCAUCGCUACGGGACUGACAGGAUGGAUGCAUCUGCCAAUCAUCGGUAAACGGCGUGUGAACCUGCACAAGAGGCUGCUUUCAGUCGGGCUAGCAGACACCGCCACUCCGGAUCGAGACUUGGAAAAGCUCACCAUCGCACCAUCUCGAGCACAGUUCCGUGCCGACCAAUGCCCCGUCUCGCUCAUGGGCAGUCCGCAAGUCGAAGCCAUGUUCCCAUCCAACGGACCGGACUUCAAAGUGUGGAUCCUCGGAAUCGAGUUCUUCCAGUCCAACUUGGUCUACCACAACCUCGACACCGCCCAGACCGUCAUUGUUCCCAGAACCGCCUAG